UGCACAGUCUCUUUUUCAGCCAUCAUGUCGCUCGUCGUCCCUGAACGGAAUCAGUUCCAGCACAUCAUCCGUUUGCUUAACACCAACGUCGACGGUAAGGACAAGAUCACCAUUGCCUUGACUUCCGUCAAGGGUGUUGGCCGUCGUUUCGCCAACGUUGCCUGCAAGAAGGCCGAUAUCGACCUCAACAAGAGAGCCGGUGAGUUGAGCAACGAAGAAUUGGAACGUAUCGUCACCAUUCUCCAGAACCCCGCCCAGUACAAGAUUCCCAACUGGUUCCUCAACAGACAGAAGGACGCUGUCGAUGGCAAGUACAGCCAGGCUAUCUCCAACGGUAUCGACACCAAGAUGCGUGAAGAUUUGGAACGCUUGAAGAAGAUCCGUGCUCACCGUGGUCUCCGUCACUACUGGGGUCUCCGUGUCCGUGGUCAGCACACCAAGACUACCGGUCGCAGAGGAAGAACCGUCGGUGUCAGCAAGAAGAAAUAAACUGGUUUCUUGCCGUCUUGUUUCUUUGGACACAAUAAAAAUAUAUUACAAUCAAUUCUGUCAAAGCGGGUGCAUGUUUGUUGAUGUUUAUGGGCUUGUGGCGAGAAAUUGAUUAUGAGAUGUGUGUUGAUUUGUUCUACAUCACUUACAAGAGCUAGCACGGCCAUCAGGAGGGAUGUAACCAAGAGGGACAUCAGUGGUAUAUGGACUCUAUGCGGCUUAAAAGCUAAAUAGUAAGUCUGCAAGAGCUCUUGGUAAACAUGUCAGCGAUUAUCAAAGUAGAAUAUUCGUUGCGAUAUAGCAUCAAGAAGUAGAUUGUUUGUUUGAAAUGCUUAAAGGGCUUGUAUCCAUGUUCUACUGAUAGCAAAAUUGAAGUCCGGACUCUACCUUC